AGAGAGAGAGAGACAGAGUAGAAGAAGAAGUUUAGAUGGGGAACAAUCUUUUCUUGAAAGUAAAUGAAAUUACCAUCUGUUUCUGUCCUCCUCCUUUAAAUUCGUUUUCGUUUAUGUAACCGAAUAGGUACUCCCUCUGCCGCUUGCCAUUGCUAAUAAACAGACCAAACUACCAAGAGCAAGCAAAGCGGCAAAAACCCAGAAAAGCAAAAAAGCAAAAACAGCAUAAACCCAAACACAAUUGGCCGAGUUCAGCCGAACCGGCUUCAGCUCAGCGCACAAACCCACGAACCCAAGAAGCCCACAAAAACCCACAAACCAAAGACGCAGUCUUUUAUUCACAUUCUUCUCUUCGUUUGGAUUUGUGUGCAAAAAUGGCUCUGAAUGCCUGAGCUUUAGAUACCCAGAUGCAGAAGAAGAGGUGGAUAGCAUUGACCGCACUGAGGAAGGUGCUAACGUGCGCCAUAUGCUCAAUAGCGCUAGUGGCUCUCUUCUCUGUCCACGUACCUGUCUUCCCUUCUUCAAAGGUCCCUAACUUCUCUGACCCCUUCAAGCUUCCCACGCAACAUGAUAUUAAAUACCAGAAGUUGAGCGCUGAGCAAAGCUGGACACUGGAGCUCGCCCCGCCCCAUCUGUUGAAAGCACCUCUGCCUUCUCGCAAGUUGGAUGGUUCAAGUGGGACUGUGGAAACUGACAAGCUAUGGAAGCCUCCACCAAAUCGAGAUUUUGUGCCAUGUGUAGAGCCAAGUCCCAAUUAUACAUCUCCUACAGAGUCACGUGGUUACCUGCUAGUUCAUACAAAUGGUGGGCUCAACCAGAUGCGUGCUGGGAUAUGUGACAUGGUAGCUGUAGCCCGUAUCAUAAAUGCCACUCUAGUAAUUCCAGAACUUGAUAAACGAUCAUUUUGGAAAGACUCUAGCAACUUCUCAGAUGUUUUCGAUGAAGAUCAUUUUAUCAAUGCUCUAGCUGAUGAUGUCAAAAUUAUAACAAAGCUACCUAAGGAACUGGCCACUGGUACCAGAGCGGUUAAGCAUUUUAGAAGCUGGUCUGGUAUGGAUUAUUACCAAGAGGAGAUAGCUAGCCUCUGGGAAGAAUAUGAGGUUAUUCGAGCUGCCAAAUCUGAUUCUCGCUUAGCAAAUAACAACCUACCUCUAGAUAUACAGAAGCUUCGCUGUCGUGCUUGUUAUGAAGCUCUACGCUUUGCACCUCAAAUUGAAGCAAUGGGAAAAUUGUUAGUUGAUCGGAUGAGGUCCUUUGGUUCUUAUAUUGCUCUGCAUUUACGAUUUGAGGAGGACAUGCUUGCCUUUAGUGGAUGCACACAGGAUUUAUCUCCAGCCGAAGCUGAUGAACUAAGGAUCAUUCGAGAAAACACCUCAUACUGGAAAGAAAAGGAAAUUGAUCCCAUAGAACGGAGAUCCAAAGGGUUUUGCCCCUUAACUCCAAAGGAGGUUGGGAUUUUUCUUAGCGCUCUUGGGUACCCAUCAAACACACCGAUAUAUAUUGCUGCUGGAAAGAUAUAUGGGGGCGAUUCUCAUAUGGCUGCUCUGCGAUCCCGUUAUCCAAUACUGAUGAGCAAGGAAACGUUGGCAUCCGUUGAGGAGCUUGAACCUUUUACCAAUCAUGCAUCUCAAAUGGCUGCCCUUGACUACAUUGUUUCAGUUGAAAGUGACGUAUUUAUACCUUCGUACUCCGGAAACAUGGCGAGGGCAGUUGAAGGCCAUCGUCGCUUUCUUGGACACAGGAAAACAAUAUCUCCUGACAGGAAAGCACUUGUUCGCCUGUUUGACAAACUUGAGCAUGGAACUCUGAAGGAUGGCAAAAAUUUAUCAAAUAGAGUUAUUGAAAUGCACAGGAAACGGCAAGGCUCCCCGCGGAAGAGAAAAGGUCCUAUUUCAGGAACUAGGGGCACAGAAAGGUUUCGUUCAGAAGAACCCUUUUAUGUGAACCCUUUACCAGAUUGUUUGUGUAAAAAGGAAUUGCCAAUGCAAACAACUCUCUAAUCGCCUCAGAUACUUGCAAGAUUGUUCCUUUUGAAAAAGAUUCCUGUGCCGGAAGUGUGAUGACACCAAUCAUUCUUUGAAAUUUAUUCCAACUUUACAAGCUGGUGUUACCAUUGUACGGAUAGGGACGCGGAGUAUGUAUAUCCUGAGUUUAGAUAGCUGCUGGUGGUGGUAUAUCAUAGUGUUGAAGAAGAGCAAAAUGCAAGAGUAUGCAGGUCGGGGAAUGAAUUGCCGGAGACAGGGCCUUCCAUUUAUGACCAAGGCAUGUGCUUUGCGAAGUUGGCCUGGUUUCCACUUUCUAGAAUUGGAUAAAAUGAUUCACUGGGGAUACGAAAAUAGUUUAUUGUUUGUCUCGGAAGUAACAUGCUCUCUUCAUGUAUUCAUGGUCACUAGAUGCAAUAAAAGUGAAAGAAUUCCUUUGUUAUUUC